AACUGUAAAUCUUUCCUUUUCGUGUCGCGUCUGAUUGAAGAACAAUCGUGUCCUAUACAUUUUUUUAGUGUUCUGAAAUAUCUACGCUUAAAAUUCAAUAUGAAUUGGACAUGUUUGUUGUUUUGUGCCGUUUGUGUUCUGGUUCAAUUCGGAAAUUCGGCGGCAGAUAGUUACACAAACUGUAAAGAAUGUACAGAGUUAUCGAGAACCAGCGACAGAGUAAAUGUUACUAUGGAGCAGGCUGCCGGUGAUCAUAAAGUUCUGGUAACCUGCUACAUGGAAAGUGGUCCGACAUUGUACCCCAAAUCCCACAAUGUUACAUAUCAAAAUGGAACAAAAAAUCGGGGUAGACUUAAUAUGAGAUUCGAAAUUUUACAGUUAGGAAUUGAUAUCAUAUUCAGUGGUGUCAUUCAAAAUAAUACAGAUUCCUUCAACGGUACACUUCGGUCGUGUGAUGGUGAGGUGUUGAUAUACACAGCUACAGUUGUGCGGUAUUUUGAUAGCAAUGGUAAACGUUAUUAUCUGGUAUAUGCCUGUGGGAUCAUCGUAACUAAUUCUGGAAAACGUGUUCAAUUCGAAACCUACCAACUGAUAUCGCCAGAUGGCUUUUUAAAGGGCCUUGAUUGCAAAACGAAAACAGAAAUCGAGGAUGCAUUUGACAAACUCAAAUGUUAUCUGGUCGUUUAUACUCCAGAUAAUUCUUCAAAUUCAAAUGAAAAUCCUUGAUAAGGCAAUGACGUUGACGUGGGCAAGAGUGUACAACUUUAUCAAAUUUCCAAUUUCAUCGGGUUUUUAAUAAUUAUGGACAUCCAGCUACUUACAAGAAUAAUUUUGAACAAUAAAGCAAUCAUUGUCAUAAUAGGUAUAGAUUUAUUGUUCAAUGAUUAUGAUUAUUUAUGAAGCUGAAAAUUUUUUUUAGUAGUCGCAUUCACUUAUAACUUACAAAUCCAUAGCAUAUAUGUACCUAUUUAAUUAUAUGUAGGUAAGUAAUAUGGAUGAGUAAGUUAUACCUAGGUAUUUAUUAUUCAACAUAAGUUGUACUUUGUAGCAAAUAAAAUCAUAGAAAGCA